GCUCAGUAUCGCGAGACUCGCUCAGUAUCGCGAGACUCGCUCCGUCCCAAACUUCCGGCUUUAGUCAGCCUCCGCCGUCUCAGCUUAGUGAUGCGGUCCCGCCUCUUGUUGAGUGUUGCUCGGUGUCUUUGGACCCGCCGGGCUAGUGGCCCGGCCCGCCGACACAUAAGCUGCGGUAGCCCGCCGCUGGAGGAGCUGUUCGCCCGCGGCGGGCCCUUGCGGACCUACCUGGAGCGCCAGGCAGGGUCUGAAUCCCAUUUGCAGGUCAGGGGGUCUGAGCUGGUGGCGGUAGCCAAGCUGCUAAGCGACAAGGAGCAGGAGCUGCAGGAGACCGAGCACUUGCUGCACGAUGAAAAUGAUCUGAUCCUGGAGGUAACUGCAGGAGUUGGGGGUCAGGAGGCAAUGUUGUUCACUGCAGAGAUGUUUGAUAUGUAUCAGCAAUAUGCUGCAUUUAAAGGAUGGCAUUUUGAAACCCUGGAAUAUUUUCCAAGUGAAAUAGGUCAGUAAAUUGUUUAAUUUGUUCUGGGGAAAG